AUGGAGAACAUAUCCUCUGCCAGUUCGGCACUUUCGGAGGACGUUGGGCAGACUCACGAGUUGCCCCCGCAACAGCCCACACCCUCGAUCACAGGAUUGGCAUUGGAACUCGUGGUCCAGAUCAUGUCUGAACUCCACGACAUGUCAUCACUCGGUUCUCUAAUCCUGAGCCACUCAUCCUUCUACAUUGCCUACACGUUCGCAUCCAACCGCAUUGUUGGAUGUAUUAUCCGCCGCCAGAUUCCGCCCGGUCUAUUGUGUUACGCCAUCUUCGUGCAUCUCGCUCAGGGAUAUGUGUUCGGUUAUCUCCCAAGGGAGUCAAGAGAUUCUUACAUGAUCACGACUACGACUUCUUUGAAGAUGUUCGGUGGAAGCUCUUUCCUAACGAAGGAAUCGUAG